GCGCCAGCCACCACCUAGGAAGGCCAGAGGGGCCCCGCCUCAGGCAUGGCAAUGUGCCAGGUAGAGUUCGAGUUGGCGUGCGCGGCCGUCAAGCAGCUGAAGAACCCCAUGAGCGAUCAGGAGAAGCUGCAGCUGUACAGCCUCUACAAACAGGCCACCCAGGGCGACUGCAACAUCCCCGAGCCUCCCACCUCGGAAGUGAAAGCCACGGCCAAGUGGGAGGCGUGGAACAAGAACAAAGGCAUGUCCAAGAUGGAUGCCAUGAGGAACUACGUGGCCAAGGUGGAAGAGCUGAAGAAAACUGAGGCUGGCUAGGGAAGCGGCACGGCUCCCCUGGCAGGGAGUGUGCUUCUCCAGCGCCCUAAAGGGUGGUGGGGAUGGCUGGGCAUCAAUAAACC